AUGCAGAACUGCUUUGCAAUCGAUGCUUUGGCCCACAGGCACAAAAGCCAGCCUUUGCUUCGUGCUGUAGUGAAGUUCCUCACCCACAACUUUGAGAAGGUCUUCGAACAGCAGGCCUUCCUUCAGUUGGACCUCGGCACACCCUCGCGGGCCCCUUUGAUAUCUUCCGGUAAUUCGGCCACGGGCGCCUGAGCUGAUGUCCACUAAGUUGCGCGGGCGCCAGUGAGCUAUCAACCCAGCAAGCGCAGCCUUCACCUUGGAGAGCUGAUACGCCAUGUCCGGUUUCCCCUCUUCAGCACCGAGGAACAGGUGGGACUCUGCAAGGAACUGGAGAAGUGGGGGGAUCUCAAGCUUGAAUGGAAGAAUCUGGACAGCCAGGAGAGAUUGCGAGAAGCGGGAGGGCUACGACAGGGCAUGUGCAAGCCACACAUUGUGUGUGUGGACACCCAGAUGCGGGAGCACCAAAGGGGGGGACGUGAGGAUGCCUUCAUGGCCUGCUAUGAACCCCAGGCUGAAAAAUGGGAGAAGCUCCCUGGUUUGCAAUCUUUGACACACGCUUGCUGUACAGCGGGUGAUGACAAGAUCUACAUUUCCGGAGGGGUGUGCAGAAAUUCUUAUUCUUCAGCUCUAUAUGAGUUUGAUCCCUUCAAAUGCCAGUGGGCGGAGCUCCCAUCCAUGGCCACACCCCGGUGUGUGCAUGGUUUCCUGUUCUACAACCAGAGGCUCUUUGCUGUGGGAGGCUGGUGCAAAUUCCAGAGCUUUCUCAACUCAGCGGAGAGCUUCGAUCUUGAAAUGAAGACGUGGGCUGAGAUGUCCCAACUCCCCUUUGCUCUGAGCCACCCUGCUUCCUGUGUGUUCCGGAAAAAACUGUAUUUCCUGGGUGGAGCCACAGGCAUCCUGUUGAAUUGGGUCUUUCAUCGAGGGCUUCUGAUUUAUGAUGCUAACUCCAAUGCCUGGACUCAGGUGCCUCUUUCUACCGGCUUCUUUGCUGCCGGGGCUGUCGCUGUGGACCACGGCAUCUAUGUCAUUGGGGGAUUCAGUGAGAAGAAACUUCGGAACUCAGAUGAAGGCGGUCCACUACAAGACAACCGUCAAAGCAGCCGCAAGUGUUUCUUCGUCAACAAGGUGGGCCAAGUGAGUUACAACGUGAGACUCCCGAAACUCCCUCGAGGAAUAGCCAACGCGGGGGUGGUUUGCUGUGACAAUCGGAUUUACGUCUUGGGCGGGGAAGAUUUAAGACAGCGCUACAAAACCAUUUAUCACUGGGAACCUGGUGAAAACCGUUGGCAUCCAUGUGCCAAAGAGAUCCCCAUCUCCCGCGAAGGUAUCAGCCGGUUUGGGUGCGCCAUCUUGAUGAGACCCAAACCACACAUCCUUAAGCUUUUCCAAAAACCCUCUUGUGCUGUUGUGGCUGCAGUCUGCAAGUAG